AUCUGCUGGGAAAGCUCACACAUUACGAAGCCUCCGAAUACAAUUCAAUAGUUUGACAAGAUAUCGUAUAAAUAGCACUCUCUAUUGUCCCCGAAAGGUUAUUUUGUAAAGUAAAUUUUUGAAGAUGGGUAGCCGACGGUGUUUCUCAGUGCUUUUAGUUUCACUGGUAAUUAUUGUUGGUCUCGGCACCAGUACAGCAAUCGUUUUGGACAAUGGUGUGUUCAAUACGGAAGACUUACCGGCGAAUUGCAAUGAAGCAAUUCAUUUGGCAGAGAGCAAAGCUAAAAGUGGCAUAUAUAAAAUACGAUUGCCCCCACCAUACGGCGAUAGUAAAGCGUUCUAUGUUAACUGUUUGCUGGAUCCAUCGGGUGGAACAGCCUGGACGCUAAUACAAUUACGACAAGACGAAUUUAUGGACUUUUUUCGAGGCUGGGAGGAGUACAAGAACGGCUUCGGCAACUUGAAUAGAAAUUUCUUCAUCGGUCUUGAUAAAUUGCAUGCACUAACGGCUUCACAAUUGCACGAAUUAUGGAUCGAGUUGAAGGAUUUCGACAAUGUGACGAAAUAUGCCAAAUAUGACAGUUUUGCCAUUACUGACGAAAGCCAAAAAUAUGCAUUGAGUAUUUUGGGAGAAUAUUCGGGCACAGCAGGAGAUGCCAUGUUGGGCGUACACGAUGGCGCCAAAUUCAGCACACGCGAUCAGGAUAAUAGUGGACGUGGUUAUAAUUGCGCACAAUUAUAUAAAAGCGGAUGGUGGUAUAGCAAACAUUCGUGCCACAGAAGCAACUUAAAUGGACUCUAUCUUAAGGGUGUCACUAAAUCAUUUGCUGAUGGUAUAAUUUGGGAGCCUUGGCAUGGCUAUCAAUAUUCGCUGGAAUAUGUGCAUAUGGCAAUUAGACCAAAAUCAUUGAAAAAUUUAAUUAUUAAAUAUUGGAAAUGUUCGCCGCGAGAGGAGAUUUGAACAACUACAUAUUUAACCACAUAUACAUACAAACAACUAAGAUUUUGUAGGUAUGAAAUAUAUAACCGAAUUAUUGACUUCUAUCCUAAUAUUAUUUCAUUUUAUAAUAAGGAAUUUAAAUUAAAUAAAGUAUAAAGAUAAUCUAACUUAAUACAAAAUUUGUUCAAUGGGUCUCUUCUAAUGUUUGUAAUAGGAUACUACAAGUGAUAAUUAAGUAUUCAAAAACUAUAUUAUAAACCGACUAUGUAGAACAUUUAUCUCAUGUAUGUUAACUGCAAACAGAGAAAACAAUUUAGUUACAUGGUGUGAUAGAAAUGAUAUGCCACUGAAUCUUAAUAAAUUUCUUAUGCUUUUCACGCAGUCCUGAAU